AGCCAGCAUUCAGGGCUGGAAAUGAAGCCUGAAACCCACCUCUUGUUUGUCUGGUAUUCAAGAAAAUGAAGGGCAGCAUCGGGGAAAUGACUGUCUUUUCACUCAAGGCCGGUCCCAUGAGCAAGUCAUGAGAGAUGCUUAAAGUACACCUCCCAUGGACGUGCAAGUGGCCUGCAACAUCUCUAGCCUGAAAUGCGAUGAGGAAAGCUCAGGUCCUUUAGCACUCAUCAUCAUUCCCAGUCUCCUGGCUCUUAGCACGCUGACCGUUGUCUCUCUGAUAAUAUGGAGCUUCUUGUCCAAGAAACCAUCCGUUCAGAGGAUCUUGGUUUCCCUACAGCGCAGAAACGGGCCUUCAUCCCUGCAGACUGUUUCCGUUACAGCACCUGGAAAUGGUGCUCUGAGGUCAUGGGAGAUGCCUGCUGACUACAUCCUAGAGGAGGUGGAGUUUCUCAAAAAUGGACGCUAUGGGCCCACCUGCAAAGGCCAGCUAAAACUGGACGGGGCUGCCACUGCUGUGGUGCUUAAAACUCUCAAAGGCACCUCAAACAGUCAGGAGGCAAAGGUAUUUGUGGAACUGGCCCUGUUUCAUGUCGCGGUCUGCAAGCACGAAAAUGUUGUGCGAAUGCUGUACUGCCAGACACGCCAUUUUCCCAUGUACCUGAUUUUUGAAGCAGUUGCUCCAGGAAACCUACUGCAUUUCCUGUGGAGUCUUCGAGAGGGUGCUUCUGGAUUCUGUCAUCGGCUGCAGUGUUUUUCAGAGAAGUCUGUAUAUCUAGUGGCCAAACAGGUGGCCUCUGGUCUGGAUUACCUGCUGUCAGAGCACAGGCUAGUGCACGGCUAUGUUGCAGCCCGAAGCAUGCUGAUUGGUUCUGGGCUCUCAGUGAAGGUGUCUGGUUUGGCCAUGGCUUUUGAGACAAGGCAGACAGGAACGGUAGAAAAGGAAGAGGAGGCCAAAGUGCCUCUGAAGUGGCAGGCACCAGAGCGACUGAUGAGGCUUCCCAUAACAUCCAGGAGUGAUGUGUGGUCUUUUGGAAUCCUCCUUUAUGAGCUGAUAACUUUAGGUGAACCUCCCUUUCCUGAACUGGAUCCAUCAGAGAUUUGCCCCAAAACUUUAGCCAACUACAAGCUAAAAAGACCACAGAACUGUGGAGGAGCCCUGUAAGUCAAAAGACAGAUCUUACCUUGCACUACUGAACCACUGAACAUCAUGUUAUUCUAAUUAGCCAUUUAUGUGAUGUUGUAAGGCAGUAAGCAAUAGACAGCAAGAGAACGAGAGCAAAUGGCUAUCAAUUAGCAUUAUGGAAAUACUGCGGACCACUA